AUGUCCGACGUCGAAGUUGAGGCCCCGAGUGCACCCAUCGAUGGCUCCAUGGAUGUCAAUACCGCCCUCCAGGAGGUGUUGAAGAAGUCGCUGAUCGCCGACGGACUGGUGCACGGUAUCCACGAAGCGUGCAAGGCGCUGGACAAACGCCAGGCCGUGUUGUGCAUUUUGGCCGAAAGCUGCGAUGAGCCGCAGUACAAAAAGCUGAUCACGGCUCUGUGCAACGAGCACCAGAUUCCACUGAUCCGCGUGGAUUCCAAUAAGAAGCUUGGCGAAUGGUCCGGUCUGUGCAAGAUUGACAAGGAAGGCAAGCCCCGAAAGAUUUGCGGCGCCUCCUGCGUCGUGCUGAAGGAUUUCGGCGAGGAAACUCCAGCCCUCGAUGUCAUCAAGGAGCACCUUCGGCAGACAAGCUAAACACACAGUUUCCGUGCAUUAUGAGUUAUUGUGAAUGUGUAAGAAGAACACACAUAAACCAAGGUGUUUCCCGAUAAAAACUAAAAACAA